GCGACGCCGAGGCCAGGGCGAAGAAGGGCCGCGGGGGAGCUCGUCGAUGGUGGUUAGGGUUUCGCAGCCCGCGCCCUCGACCCACUGACCAAGCGGCCCGGCGGCAGAGAGCCUCCAUCUUCUCCUAGGCGGCACAGAGGCUCCCUCGCUAUCUCCAGGGCGGCGGAGAGGACCGCGGAAGCGAUGGGGGAGCAGGAGCAGCGGGAGGCGGAGGCGGAGGCCGGGGGCGAGGCUUCGGCUUCGGCGGCGGCGUCAGCGAACAGCAGCAGCAUGCAGCGUGUGAAAGUGUACCGUCUGAGGGAUGGAGGGAAAUGGGAUGAUCAGGGCACAGGACAUGUUGCUAUCGACUACAUUGAGGGUUCAAAAGAUCUUGGUUUGACUGUUCUGGAUGAAGAUGACAAUGAGACACUGCUCGUCCACAAUAUUACAUCUGAUGAUAUCUACAGAAAGCAAGAAGAAACAAUCAUCUCAUGGAGGGAUCCAGAAGCAGCAACAGAAUUAGCAUUGAGCUUCCAGGAAGCUGCAGGGUGCUCCUACAUAUGGGACAACAUCUGUGAAAUUCAGAGAAACCUUCAGUUCAGUAACCUUGGUGCUAUUGAAGUUGGUCCUCGCCCAGCAUCGGAACAUCUAGAAGCCUCUAGAGUAUUGCAUUCACACGAUGAGUCCUUCCGCUCUGUCAAUGGUGAACUGAGGGAGCUUCCACCUGUUGAUUUGUCCAAUCUUCCUUUGAUCUUGAAGACUAUAUUGGAGGGUGGCAUUACGGAUCAAAUGCGUGUGGCGGAGUUGAUAACACAAGAUCGUGAUUUUUUCCCGAAGCUGCUGGAGAUUUUUAGGAUGUGCGAGGAUUUAGAGAAUUUAGAUGAUCUUCACAUGAUUUUCAAGUUAGUCAGGGGAAUCAUAUUGUUGAACAGCCCAUCAAUCUUUGAUAAGAUUUUCUCUGAUGAGUUUAUUCUUGACAUCAUAGGCGCCCUUGAAUACGAUCCAGAGGUUGCCAAAGUGCAAAAGCAUCGCACUUUUCUGAAGGAUCAUGUAAUUUUCAAAGAGGCCAUACCCAUUAAAAAUGUUUCUGUGGUUUCGAGGAUACAUCAAACAUACAGAAUAGGCUACCUUAAGGAUGUUAUAUUACCCCGAACAUUAGAUGAUGGCACUAUGGCAAGUCUUAACACAAUGAUUCAUACGAACAAUGCUGCUGUUAUUUCCUUACUAAAGGACGAUGCGUGCUUUAUCCAAGAAUUAUUCUCUAGGAUGAGAUCGCCAAAUAUUUCUGUGGAAUCAAAAAGAGAACUGGUCCGAUUCUUGCACGAAUUCUGCACUCUUAGUAAGAGUUUGCCUCUUGUUCAACAACUACGAUUGUUUCGGGAUCUUUCAGGUGAAGGUGUAUUUGAAAUCAUUUCUGAUGUGUUGCAGAGUCAAGACAGGAAGAUUGUUUCAGCUGGAACGGAUAUUGUUAUACUUUUUCUUAAUCAGGACCCUAACCUAUUGAGGUCAUAUAUUGUCCAGCAAGAAGGAAAUUCUCUUCUUGGACUUUUGGUUAAAGGAAUGGUAACUGACUUCGGUGAGCAAAUGCACUGUCAAUUUCUGGAAAUUCUGCGUAUAUUGAUGGAUUCUUUCACCAUGUCUGGAGCACAUAGAGAUGUAAUUAUUGAGAUUUUCUAUGAAAGGCACCUUGACUAUUUGGUUGAUGUAAUAGCAUCCUGUUGUCCUCCGAGGAGUAUUACUCGAAGAGCAACUAACUCAGCUGCCGUUGGUAGAAACACUGAAGUUCACCGUAUUAAGCCAGAAAUUCUGCUAAAUAUUUGUGAAUUGUUAUGCUUUUGUGUAGUCCAUCAUCCAUACAGAAUUAAGUGCAACUUCCUUAUGAACAAUGCGAUAGAGAAAAUCCUUACCAUGACUCGACGAAGCGAGAAGUUUUUGGUUGUUGCAGCUGUCAGGUUUAUGCGUACAAUUAUAUCCAGAAAUGAUGAGCAUCUUGUUCGCCAUGUUGUGAAAUUUAACCUGUUGAAACCAAUAAUUGAUGCAUUUGUUGAAAAUGGGGAUAGAUACAACAUGCUACAGUCAGGAGUACUUGAACUGUUGGAACACAUACGGAAGGAAAAUCUAAAACCUCUUGUUAUCUAUGUUAUUGAGUCUUUCUCGGAUCAGCUUAUGAAGUUUGAACAUUUCGGGAGCAUUCAGGCCUUCAAACUCAAGUAUCAACAGUACCUGGAGAGUGCUGAAACAAGAUUAAGUGCUAGUGUGCCCGACAUAAGAAAGAAGGCAGAAGGAAGAGGUCUUGAGAAGGAAGAGGAAGAUUAUUUCAAUGAGGACAGUGACGAGGAAGAUUCAGUCAGGCGAACUAAACAUGCACAUGAUGAAGAAAGAAAGGCUGAUGUAGCUAAUGGAAGUGAAGCUGAUGACAUAUCCUCAAGGCCUAAAUCUGGUGGACUCGUGGACUAUGCCGAUGAUGACGAUGAGGAUUUCAAUCCACCACCUAAGGAGCCAGAUAGGCCUGCAGAGGAUGAUGAGCUCUUAAAGAUUUCUAGGGUGAAGCGCAAGUCGGUGAACACGGGGGAUGGCAAACAUGCAGAUGGGGAGGUUCGAAAAAGACAAAAGAUAGAAACGAGGAUUACUUGUUCCAAGAUUUCUGCUUUGACUAGUCUGGCUAGCAAACACAAGGAUUCACAUGUCUCGAGCUCUCCAAGUUGCGAGGUCAAUGGUAUAAUGGGGGAGCAUGCUACACAUUCUGUUGAGCAACAACAUUCCACAGACACCGCAGAAACUUCACGACAAGUUGGAGGUGAUUGUAUUAAAGCCAUGGGGAAUUUGUCUAGUGAGAAGGCUGUAAAUACCACCAAAACAAACGAUUCAGAGCCCUACUCAGUGAGAUGACAAAUUGACAAGUUUUCCCCACCCUGGCUUGCCCUGCACCCAACUUGUCAAUGCUUACCAACAGGAAGGAACAAGAACGCGUCUGGCUCUGGCGAAGGCUGGGUACAUUUAAUCUCAAAUCCGAAUGCAUGAUUCGAGGUGAUGUUGUUCUCACUUGUCUGUAUAUCCCGAGUGAACCAUCACAAGCUGUAAAGUUAUUUUUCCAGAAGGAAAGAUAUGAAAGUGAGAAUCGGCACACAUUUUGGUUCAGCAUUGACUCCUGAGUCUUGCUCCUGCAGCUGCACUGUCUUAUUAUAUCUAUAUAUAUGGGCUUAUGGAGGAGCAGUGAAUAUCCACUUUCUCCAUUAUUUCUUUCUAGGAUAAUUGACUGAGAUGUUGCUGUUGUAAAACAAGUAGGAAAGAAUAGUUUCGGUUGAGCUGUGUUCUGCAACAUUUUGUGAUAUCCAUAUCCUAUACAGUUGUAAUUUGUUGGUUUGUAGUUUUGGCUGGAUAAACUUUAUUUUGGAUGAGUAAUCAUAGAAUUAUUUAUUUA